UUAGUCGUCAGAAUCAUCCGUUUCAAAGACGUUGAUUGGCGCUUCUGCAAACGUGAAUUAAAAUGGAAUGCAAAAAUAGCGGAAUAAAGUGUUUCACGUUUUUGUGGAAAUUAGAAAAUAUCAGCUACAGUUUGCAAAAGGUAGGAAGCAGAAUCGAAAGUCCGGCAUUUGUGGUGGAUGCAAUAGAAAAGACUAAGUGGAAAUUACGGUUGUAUCCCAGAGGUGACAGGGACGGAACCUUUAUUGGUUUUUUUCUUCACCGAGAAAAAGAUAGUAAGGGUGAAGACGAAAUAGAAAUAGAAUUUGAACUUGAUUUCAUCGGGAAGGAUGGUUCAAGUCUGAGGCUAACGCAGCCAACUAACUAUGCUUUUCCAAAAAGUAUAGGGUUUGGAUUCACCCGAGACGACGUGUGCAUUUCGAAACGGCUAAUUUUUCUACCAGACGAUACCCUGAAGGCUCAUUGCAGAAUAUGGAAAAUUUCUGGAGAGUUGUCAGAGGACAUCCAGUGCACCGCACUCACUCGCAUUGGAGUCGAGAAGCGAUCCUUGAAGUGGAUUGUAAAAAACUUCAGCACUCUUGAAGUAGGAAAAAAAUGCAACCUUCAAAUCAAAUCUAUACAGGAUGAUGUUCCUUUAUUGUCUGUUGAUCUUUCUUUAACUGAAGGAUUAAAUUCGGAUGAAAAUAUCACUUUUGAAUUGUUUCUUCUAGAUCGAACUAUUAAAUUUUCCACUUUAAGAGUGUUUCUUAUAGAUAGUUCGGGGAGCAAGGUGGAAUGCAACCAAGAAGAAAUUUGGUUUGAUGAUCCAGCUCAAUGCAAGCAGCUUACUUGCUCUUUUACAAAUAAGAAAUUAUUAGAGGAAAAAAACAAGUAUCUGCCGGAAGACACUUUGUCCUUGUUUUGGGAAUUUGCUUUUUCUAAAGGAGUCGUAUCAGAAGAAAUUGUAGAAGAUGAGCACGGAUGUAUCUGUCCCGAAGUCAAAAUUUCUGAUGUUCGAAAUAUUAACAACGACAAAACUAUUCUUCUAACUGUUCUGGCUGACAACUUGAAAACCGUGUACAACGAGAAUUUUCUUUCCGACGUCAAACUGAAAACGAAUCACAGCGUGUUUCCUGCCCAUAAACUCAUUCUCAGUGCUGCUUCUUCCGUGUUUAAAGCAAUGUUUUCAAGAGAUAUGAAAGAAAGGGACGGCGAUUGUGUCACUAUCGAAGACGUGAGCGACGAUACUAUGAGUCGAAUGCUACUCUUCAUCUAUACCACACGCGUAGAAGAUUUAACUUGGGAGAGUGCUUCGGAUUUGUAUGUAGCUGCUGACAAAUAUGCUAUCUUGAGUUUAAAGAAUGUUUGCUCCUCUUACAUGAAAGACAAUCUCUCUCCCAGUAACGCUUGUAAAAUCUUGUUGCUGUCUGAACUGCAUACUGACAGCGAUUUAAAAUCUAUUGUGCAAGAUUACAUAUUGAAACAUGGUAAACAGAUAACCAGAUCUGAUGAAUGGAAAGCUUUGAUUCAAAUCAACGCGAAGCUAGCUGCAGAAACCUUGUGUCUCCUUUUCAAGUGAUAUUUAAGAUAUAUAUAUAUAUAUAUAAUUUUUUAUUUUCUUCCACAGUUUUAAUUUUUGUGUAUAAUUAUAAAAUUUUGUGUCCUAUGAAUGUUGUUUUAAAAUAUUAACAUUAUUUUUAAGUUGAGUAAUAAUUUUGAAAUCUAAUAUUCUGAAAUAUAAAGAUAAUCUCUGGCAUCUUAACUUAUUAAAUAUAUACUAUUAUUUCAAAAAAGUUUUAGUUAUUAUUAUUCAAAUUUUAUAAUAAUAAAUAUAAAUGUUAAUGAAUUAUUGAAAAAGACAAAGAUUAUUAAUGUUACUUCUUUGAGAUUAUUGUCUUUGUUUAUUAUGCUCAAAAUUCCUAUACAUGUUAAAUGUUACUGCAUUUGGUUAUUUUGUAGAACAACUGUUAAAGUAUGUGUUAGUAAGUUUAGGUGAAGCAGAACUAGAACUUUUUCCAUUUUGGUUUCUCGCCAAGAAGGAAACAAUUCUAGCCAAAGCAGUUAAAACUCACCAAACGAAGUAAUAUAAUAGCUUAUAGCUUUAAAAAUAUAUGGCCACAUCUGGCUGCUUAUCCUCUUAAAAAAUGUGGCGCCGUUCAUCUCCAUGUAAUUGUUUUUCCAGUACAGCCACUAUAAUGUUUGUAAUUGUCACAUACUCAUUUUUUCCCCUAUCAUUUUUCAGCCGGAACUUAACUGAAUGCCUUUAUAUUUCUCGCUCUCUGUGUCAUACUUUCAUUUUUUCUAGUUGCCGUCUAUUUUAAAUUGAUUUUCUACGUUUUUUUUCCAAUUUGUUCUAAAUUAAUUAUUAAUUAGUAUACGUUCUAUCAAAAAAUUAUUUAUUAUUGAAGAAUGUUCCUUGAAGAUUUUAGAAUCAAUAAUCUUAAUUUCUAAUAAUUGAGAUUUUUCUCAUUCAUCUUAAUUUUUAAUUAGAUUUUCCUUUUCUAAAUAAAGUUAUUAUUUUGUCACUCAAAUAUUUGUUUUGCAAGACAAUCAAAGCCUACUGUAGGGGUGGAAAAUUCUGACAUCUCUGGAGUACCAAAAACAGAGGGGGCAUUCUAAUUAUGAGUGAGACAAAAAUAUUGAUAUGUUAAAAAAACCACAAUUAAUCGAAAUUUAUACUAAUAGAUUUUCCUGUUCCACUAAAAAUUAACAAUUCGUAUUUGUAUUCUGUAUAUCUAAAAGUAAAAUAUAUGUACAAUCCUUAAUUAUGUAGAAAGCAACAAUAAAAGAGAAGUAUGUUUAAUGAAAUAAUCAAGAAUGCUAUAUCCAUAAAUUAUAUACAUAAGCAUAAUGGUGAUAAAUAUUUUAUUAAUCCAAUAAUGUUGUUUAUUGAAUCAAUAAAAGGGUGCAUCAAAUUUGAUUAUACUCGAUAGGUAUGAAUUCAGUAUAGAUAUAUUUUUAUUUCAUGAAAAUAAUUAUUUUGUUUCCA